CGUCAUGAGUUUAAGUACAGUCCACGGAGCCCGCCGAGGUUCCCGAGCCCAUCCGCAUCAUCGACACCAGCGACGACGAUAUCAACGAUAAUAUCAACACCAACGGCCACUCUCACUCUACCAACGGAGGCAUCAACGGAACACCCUCGUACAUCGACAGCAUGGCCCAUCUCUCUGUCGUCCACUCCGCCGGCUCCCACGCCUCCCGGAGACCUCAGAUGCAGCUCUCCAACUACGAGGAUGAGUUCGCCACCAGCGUCUACAGCUCGCGCUUCGCUGGCAUGGACCUGCCGCACCAUCACAUGCCUGAGUGUGAGAUGCCUCGCGACAUUGCCUAUCGCAUGAUCAAGGACGAUCUCAGCCUCGAUAAUAACCCUAUGCUCAACCUGGCCUCAUUCGUCACCACAUACAUGGAAGAUGAAGCCGAGAAGCUGAUGGCAGAGGCCUUCUCCAAAAACUUCAUCGACUACGAGGAGUAUCCCCAGUCCGCUGACAUCCAGAACCGCUGCGUCAAUAUGAUCGGCGACCUCUUCCACGCACCCACCAGCACCUCGGUCGGCACCUCUACCAUUGGUUCCUCCGAGGCCAUCAUGCUUGCUGUCCUCGCCAUGAAGAAGCGCUGGAAGAACCGACAGCUCGCCGCUGGCAAGAGCACCGAGCACCCCAACAUCGUCAUGUCCUCGGCCGUCCAAGUCUGCUGGGAGAAAGCCGCCCGCUAUUUUGAGAUCGAGGAGAAGCUUGUUUACUGUACUUCUGACCGCUAUAUCCUCGAUCCAGAUGAGGCUGUCAACCUAUGCGAUGAAAAUACCAUCGGCAUCUGUGCUAUCCUUGGCACUACCUAUACCGGCGAGUAUGAGGAUAUUAAGGCUAUUAACGACCUUCUUGUCGAGCGGAAUAUUGAUGUCUCUAUUCACGUCGAUGCUGCAAGUGGUGGCUUCGUUGCCCCAUUUAUCGUCCCCGACCUUGAGUGGGACUUCCGAUGUGAAAAGGUCAUUUCUAUUAAUGUCUCCGGCCACAAGUAUGGUCUUGUCUACCCAGGUGUCGGCUGGGUUAUCUGGCGAGCCCCUGAGUACCUUCCUCAGGAGCUCGUCUUUAAUAUUAAUUACCUUGGCGCUGACCAAUCCUCCUUUACCCUUAACUUCUCCAAGAGCGCAUCUCAGGUCAUCGGCCAGUACUACCAGCUAAUCCGCCUCGGCAAGCAUGGCUACCGUGCUAUUAUGAGCAACCUGACUCGCACCGCCGACUAUCUGACGGAGACGCUCGAGAAGCAAGGCUUUGUUAUUAUGUCGGAGCGGUCCGGCGCCGGCCUGCCCCUUGUAGCCUUCCGUUUCCCUACCCCACAGGAGGGCGGCAACGGCCACUAUGACGAGUUCGCGCUGGCGCACCACCUGCGCUCCCGCGGCUGGGUCGUCCCUGCCUACACCAUGGCGCCCAACUCUAACAUCAAGAUGCUACGCGUGGUCGUGAAGGAAGACUUCACCCGCGCGCGCUGCGACUCGCUCAUCAACGACAUCACGCUCUGCCGUGGUCUCCUCGAGGAGACGGACCGGGAAAACAACAAGGAGAGGGAGGAGUACAUCAAGAAGCACCUCACAUCGCUGGGCAAGAGCAAGCACGUCGUCCCCGUCUAUACGAAUCAGAAACAUUCUCUCCAGGGCAAGACGGGCAAGACCCACGCUAUCUGCUAG